AAAAGAAUAAAUAAGGAAAGCAAAAAAAAAGAUAGAAAAAGGAAGCUGAUUCUGUUCAUUAGCUCAGUCUAGGGUUUUUAUACACUUCGCUACCAUUUUCAUUACAGUAGAAAGAUUCUCUCUAAAACUACUUGAAGAAAUCAGACUGCUUCCAGAAAUUUGAAUCGUCAUCAACUUUUUGGGAACUCUUCAAGUGUCGUUCUUCAUUUUGGGAUGGGGGACGCGGAAUCUCUUCAACCAUCAAAGAAAAGGGCUGCUGUAAAGGAACUAUCACGAGAUAAUCCUGGUCUUGAUGAUGAUAUUGAGUCAUCUGAACAGGAGAAUGGAACUUUCAAGAGAGCAAGCGAUGAGGUGAUGGCAAAUAGGAGAAUUGUCAAAGUUCGUAAAGCAGCAUCAACUACAACUACUCCUUCUUCUAACCCUUUUGCAGCGAUCCAGUUGGUUCCACCUGCUAAUACCAGUACAACUCCUGCCGUGACCACAACUGAAGCUGGGAAUGGAACAACAUCUUCCAAGAAACCAGAAGAUUCAAAUGAUCAAAGUGAGGAAAUUAAAAAGGAAGAAACAGAUGUGAGUAAGGAAGCUGAUCAUGAGAAGGAAAGUGAUGAAAAUUCUAAACUACCAGAAAGCAAAUUUGAGUCAACCGCUGAUGCUAAUGUUGAUAAGGAGAAAGUUGAUAAGCCUAAUGAGCCUAACAAACCUGAAUCUACUGAAAAGAAGGCAGUGGGAAGUGAGAAAAUUAAAGAUGACACUAAGACGGUCACGGUAGUGGAGAAGAGUGCAGAUGGCAUAGAAGUGGGAGGCAAUGAGACAGAAAUUGAAAUGGAAAAACACGUUGGCAAUGGAAAAAAUGACAAGGAUGCUGAAACUGCAUCUUUUAGCUCGUUUCAACAGCUCUCCAGUAGCCAAAACGCUUUCACAGGACUUGCAGGAACUGGGUUCUCCAAUACUACAUUCUCAUUUGGAGCUAGUUCAAAAGAGGGAUCUCCACUAGGGUUUGGUUCUGAAUCAGGUGCUGGUUCUGGUUCUGGGUCUCUCUUUGGAGUAAAAAGCGACCAGUCAAUUAUCGGUGUUAGUCUUCCCACUAAUGGAAAUGCUUCUCUAUUCGGUUACUCAGGAUCUAGUGUUAAAAAGAGUGAGGGAACUGGAUUUCCUUCCAUGCAAGAGGUUCCCGUUGUAACAGGGGAGGAGCAUGAAAAGGCAAUCUUUACAGCUGACUCUGUGCUGUUUGAAUAUCUUAAUGGAGGGUGGAAGGAGCGUGGAAAGGGAGAGCUGAAGCUCAAUAUUUCAAGUGGAACUGGAAAAGCUAGACUUGUUAUGAGAACCAGAGGAAAUUACAGGUUGAUUUUGAAUGCCAACCUUUAUCCUGAAAUGAAGCUCGCAAGUAUGGAUAAAAAAGGUGUCACCUUUGCUUGUAUGAAUAGUGCUGAUGAUGGGAAAGAUGGACUUUCAACAAUUGCUUUGAAGUUCAAGGAUGCCUCUAUUGUUGAGGAAUUUCGAGCUGCUGUGACGGAACAUAAAGACAAGAUAGAAGUCUCUUUGAAGACGCCACCAAAUUCUCCAUGAACUUCAGAUGACUAAUAAUUUUGGCAAAGAAACAUAGAAAUUCUAUUUUCAUCACUGAACCCAUCUACAUUUCCCCCCCUUUCUGCCCCUUUGCAUAGUUAAAAAAAAGUAAAGUAUUUUGUCCAUAGAUGGAUAACUUGUAAUCCUAUAUAGCAAGUAGAGCCUUCAACAUUAUGAUGUUGUUUAUCCCUGGUAUUUCUUCUCUCUUUUGACUUUUAGGGAUAUAACUUGUGGUUUAACUGUCUUUAAUAUUGCUUUAUUUUUCCCACGAAUUGUAGACGCAACUCUAGCCCGAUCUCAUUCUAUCAUUUUCUGAUGUAAUGCUUUCUUUUGCAUGUUGUUUUGCUCCUUGAAAUUACUAAGUUCUUGUAUUCCUAUCUCAA